GUGCGCAUUCACUUCCAUGAAGCUCCUGCAGGACGAGCAAACAAGGUGUUUCGGGCUCACUCGCCUUGCUCUGACGUGGAAGAAGUGACGAUGGACCAGCCAGAGAAAGAGCCGAAUGGGGUUCGGAUGGAGCAAAUGUCCCCAGUGUACAAUGGCGCCCCCUAUGUGCCACCUCCUGAUUACGGCGGCGCUCCUCCUUCGAUUCUGAAUGCCGCGGUUACCCCUGGGGCCAUGGCUGCACCCGCUACCGCACAAGGCAACUGGUGGUCGCAAACCAAGCUGAGUUACAGGCAGCAGUGGAAGAAGACCGACCCAGCAGUGCCCGCUCAGCCCGCAUCGUUAGGCCUCGCCGCGACCGCAGCGUCCCUGGCGGGAAAUUUCACCGGCGCCGGAAUGCUGGCCAUGCCGUUCGCCUUCGCCGGAAUAGGUUGGAGCGCGAUCGUCAUUCUCCCAUUGAUCGGGGUGCUCGCGGCCUUUAGCGCGAGUCUGCUCAAGUCGUGCUGCGAAAUAUUGGAAGAGCGCUACGAAGAGUACCGGAGGUUCCACUGGUACACGCAGUACUCGGACAUCGCCUCCAGAGCCCUGGGACCAGCCCUCGCGAAAGUCAUCGGCGCCCAGCGUUUGCUCUGUGUCGUGGGACUCUGGGCCAUGGCUCUGCUGAUCUCAGCGGACUGUAUGGUGGACGUUGUCACCAUCCUGUCUCCAGCCCUAGCCGUACGCGGAUACCUAUUCUGCGGCUUCCUCACUGGCAUGGGUGUGGUGUGCGCGCUCUACAGCGGGCCCUGUGCGCCCAACACGAGAUACUGGAGCUACUGCGUGUACCUGCCCUUCACCCUGGCGCUCAUGAUUCUCUUGCUCGUGGGCAUUGCUGACAACAAGAACUACGCCGAUGUGGCAGGCGGAGCGGUGGGGGCGAUGCUCACGCUGGGCAUUCGCGACCGGCGGGGAGAUUCAAUUCCCGCCGGCGACUUCCUGGCUGCCCACUCUCCGGGCGUUCUCUUCUUCGCCGGCGUCGCGAUCAUCGCCUUCAGUUUUGCGGGCGUGUGCGCAUUUACGAACAUUCGGCGCGACAUGAAGUCACCCACGAGUUUUACCGCAGCUGCUGCCUUCGGAGUCGCUGGGAGCACGCUGGCCUUGUUUUUGGUCGGCGUGACCGGUUACGCGGUUCUUGGAACCAUCAUCAAUGGAAAUGUCGUGUUGUGUCUGAAAGGACAAGAUAUCCGAGUCGCUGCCGACGUCUUCGCCUUGUUCUGCGCGCAACAGGUGAGCGGGCUUGGCUACUGGAUAAUGGAUGAACACGACAGCGUCCAGGAUUACGGAAAGCGUGUGGCCUGGAGUCGUGCCAAGUUAGCGACUCCACUGGCCUUGGGCGCCUGUCUGCUCGCCCUGGCUGUGCCGUAUGAAGGUGCCCUGAUGGCGCUUGUUGGGUCGCUUGCUCUGUGCCCGGUGGCAUUCGUGCUGCCUCCCGUGUUCUACUACAAACUGUGUCAGGGGUCGGAGCAGUGGCCCGAAAAGCCCCUGAGUACGAGGAUGAAGAUUGCCCUCGCGGUCGCCGUUGUCAGCGGCCUCCUAAUCUUCAUCGGUGGAACAGUGACAUCGAUCAUUCAAAUAGUGGAACAGAGCCACCUGGAGCGAGAGUCCUGCUUGUGGGGAUUCUGCUACGAGAGACAGUUCAUGGUUGUGCAGCAGCCAAAUAUUUUCGGCGGACUGAUCGCUGACACUUUAAAAAACAGCAAACUGACAUUCGGAUAAAGCAGAAGCGAAUUACUCUGUGCGGAGAUUUCAAAUAAAAUGCUGCAAUUUCGUGAUUCUCGA